AUGGCCGAGCCCGAGCAUCCGCCGCAGGUGUCGUCGGAACCUACCACUCCGCCGCAGGAAGGCAGCGGAAGGACUAAGAAAAAGAACAAGAAGAAUCGCUCCAAGAAGCAACCGAAGCGAGCCGCCGCCGCCGCCGACACCGACGGGUUCUCAGGCGCCAGCACCGUGGCUGAGGACCCCUUCCUCGUCCUUGCCGGCGGAAAGGAAGGAGGGUUUCUGGAUUUGGAGGAGAUCGAUGAGGCAGAUUUCGGCAUCUUCGGAAGCGUCUUGGAUGACGUAGGUGAAGGCGUCGAGGAAGAAGGGAAGGAUCAUGCGAAGAAGAAGAAGAAAACGAAGAAGCGGAAGCGUGGGGGUGAUGACGAGGGCUUCAAUGCCGACGGUGCUUUGGUAGUUGAGAAUGAGCAGGUGGAUGGCGAGAAAGCGGAGAAAAAGGUCGAUGAUGAGGAGAAAGGGGAGAAGAAGGGAAAGCGAAAGAGGAACAGGAAGAAGAGGAAGGUGAAGGAUAAUGAGACGACCAGGGAGAGUGAUGAGGAUGUCGCUAGUGACAAUGCAGAAGACAUGCAAGAUGACACUGAGAAUAUGGAACAAGAUAAGGAUGAUAAGCUGAUUUUGGGCGAGGAUGAUGUUUCUGCAUGGCGUGAGCUUAGGCUUCACCCUCUGCUUCUCAAGGCGAUGCGCAGACUUGGAUUCAAAGAGCCAACACCUAUACAAAAGUAUUGCUUUCCUGCAGCAGCUCAUCAAGGAAAGGAUGUUAUCGGUGCGGCAGAGACAGGUUCCGGAAAGACACUUGCUUUUGCCCUCCCAAUUCUGCAACGUCUCCUUGAAGAGCGAGAAAAGGCCACAAGAUUGCACCAGGAAGACGAGAAAAUGGAGAAACAUUCUGGUGGAAGUCCUCUUCGUGCUCUUAUUCUGACACCCACCAGGGAGCUUGCCAAACAGGUAUGCGAUCAUCUAAAAGAUGCAGCCAAGUUCUUAGGAAUCCAUGUUGUUCCAAUUGUUGGUGGUCUAUCCAUGGAAAAGCAAGAGCGGCUUUUGAAAAAGAAGCCUGAAAUUGUUGUUGGAACUCCUGGAAGAUUGUGGGAGCACAUGUCGAUGAACAAUCAACACCUAGUUGAGCUGCAUUCAUUGUCAUUCUUCGUCUUGGAUGAGGCUGAUAGAAUGAUCGAACGAGGCCAUUUCCGUGAAUUACAAUCUAUCAUUGAGAUGCUUCCACUGACCAAUGGUUCUGAUGACCAAGCUGCAAAAAACAUGCCAAACUGUGAGACUGUACCAAUUUUGCAAAUAAAGAAGCGGCAAACCUUUGUGUUCUCAGCCACACUUGCACUUUCAUCUAAUUUUCGGAAGAAGUUGAAGCGCGGCCUAUCUACUUCGAAGGCAUCGACGCCUGAUGAUGUAAGCUCUAUUGAAGCAUUGUCAAAACAAGCUGGAAUGAAACCCAAUGCUGAAAUAGUUGAUUUGACAAAGGCUUCAAUCUUGCCUGAGAAGCUUGAAGAAUCUUUUAUUGAGUGCAGUGAAGAGGAUAAGGAUGCCUAUCUGUAUUAUAUAUUGAGUGUUCACGGGCAAGGUCGCACAAUAAUAUUUUGUACAUCAAUCGCCGCGUUACGUCACAUUUCUUCUAUAUUGCGCAUUCUUGGAAUUAAUGUAUUGACAAACCAUGCUCAAAUGCAACAAAGAGCUCGCAUGAAGGCUGUGGAUCGCUUCCGUGGAAGUGAAAAUUCCAUUUUGGUCGCAACUGAUGGUUUUGCAAGGGGUAUGGAUUUUGAUGAUGUGCGAACAGUUAUCCAUUAUCAGUUGCCACACUCAACUGAUGUUUAUAUCCACAGAAGUGGAAGGACAGCACGUAAGUCAUUGGCUGGCUGCAGCAUUGCGUUAAUCUCUCCUACUGACAAGUCCAAGUUUUAUUCUCUUUGCAAGUCUUUGUCAAAGGAUAAUGCUAACAAAUCCUGGCUUCAAAGAAAUGCUGAAUCCAUGGGAUUGAUUUUGGACGCUAGUGAGAGUGAAGAAGAACGUGUGCAGGGACACAAGAAACGAAAGGCAACUUCUCAACAUCUCCAAAAGCUUCAACAGGAAUUGAGUGAUCUCUUGCAACGUCCAUUGCAGCCUAAGACUUUCUCUCGCCGCUAUUUGGCUGGGGCUGGUGUCUCACCCUUACUUCAGAAGCAACUAGAAGAGUUGGCCAGGAGAAAUGCAAGCAACAAUAGCAGCAAGAGUGAGAAUAAAGGAUCUGGGUUUGUUGUUAUUGGUCAGGAUCGUGUUGAACCCUUGCAAGCACUUCAAAAUUCUGGGCAAGAGGUCUGUGUGAACAUAGACAAACAAAGAGAAAAGCGAAGAGUCACUGAGAACUGGAGGCGGAAAAGGCAUGAAGAAAAGAAACGUACACGAGAGCAGAAGCGAAAGGAUAAGAGAAAAGCUAAAGAGAUGGCUUGA